AUGCUUCGCCUCAUCUCUCUAUUCCUGGCAGCUAGCCGGCUUACCACUGCAUUGGAAUGCAAAUGCUCACUAUCAGACCCAUGUUGGCCAUCCGACUUAGAAUGGGCUUCCCUCAACGAAACAAUCUCGGGUCACCUCAUUCGGACAGUGCCCCUUGCAGCAGUAUGCUACCAGACCGAGUCUGUCUAUAAUUAUGAGGCUUGCACUACUGUUCUCGCAAAUUGGACCACUUCCGCUUUUCAUUCUGCUGAUCCGACCAGUAUCGAUGAUCCCAUGUGGGCGAAUAAUAGCUGCAAUCCCAUAUAUCCAAAUGGAACCAGUCUCACGGGUAAUAUCCGGGCUGGCGAAAAGGGUUGUUCAAUUGGAAACUAUCCCCCGGUUGUAGUGAAUGUAACGGAGCCUGGCCAUGUGCAAGCUGCGUUGAAGUUUGCAAAACAGUGGAAUCUGCGGUUAAAUAUCAAGAAUACUGGACAUGGUUCGGAAAGAAGGAUCUGGACCCAUAACUUAAAACAGAUCCAAUUCCAUGAGAAGUUCCAACCUCAGUCAUGCAAGACUCAAGUAAGGGUAAACGAAAGUGAAAUGGCAGUCACCCUAGGGGCAGGUGUACAAGAUGGAGAGCUGUUUAAAGCAAUGGCGAAGCACAACGCCAUCGCAGUGGGCGGAACAAAUGCUGACGUCGGUGUCGUGGGAUGGGCAACGGGUGGUGGCCAUGGCCUGGCUACCGGCAAAUACGGCAUGGGCGCCGACAAUAUCAUCGAGGCAGUCAUCGUCACGCCAGCAGGGGAAGUGGUAACGGCUAAUACUUGCCAAAACACAGAUCUCUUCUGGGCCAUCCGCGGAGGCGGUGGAGGGACGUUUGGUGUUAUACUGAAUGUUACUCUGAAGGCGUACCCAAUGCCAUUGGCGACUCUCAUAGAUCUGUCAUUGUCAGCUAAGAAUGAAACUCGUCCGUCGAGUUGGUACAGAUUUCUUGCCCAGGUCCACAGACACUUGGAUCUCUUGCAGGAGGCUGGCGUUCAUGGGUACUAUACGAUGGGUGGAAAGUCUCUGGGACUGCAGGGCGCUUUGCUCCUUUAUGAUGGCAAAAACAGCACAGUGGAGGAACUUCUUGCACCAAUGCGGAGGUUCUUUGAUGCUUCUAACGCAACAGCUACCUCGAGCCUCAAUCCACUUGUAACACUACCGUGGUAUGAACUUGUCGAGAUGAUGCCUACUACCGAAUCAGUAGGUAUGAAGCAAAGUGUCAGAGCAUCUCGGUUUAUCCCACGGCGGGUAGUCAAGGAUAAUAUCGACUUAUUUGCAGAGACUCUAGAGGCAAUCGCCUCUCAUCCGGAUCCUCUGAACAAUGGAGUCACGGCUCCUUCGAUUUCCGGAACCAUGACCGGUAGCAGGUCGCCUGUUGGCAAUGCCCUAAACCCCGCCUGGAGAGACUCUGUUGUUCAUAUCAUCACUUCUCAAAGCUGGGAUGAAUCCCUAUCCCCCGACGUGGCUAACCAGGUAGUCCACAAUAUGACGUACCAAAAAGGCUAUGCAUUGCGACAGCUUGCGCCUGAUACGGGUGCUUACUUUAAUGAGGCCAACGCAAACGAGCCAAAUUGGCAGUGGUCAUUUUUCGGUGCUCACUAUUUCAGACUUCAAGCCAUUAAGCAAAAGUACGACCCAGAGGGUCUACUCUGGUGUCGUCAGUGUGUAGGAAGCGAGAGAUGGACUGAACAGGAGGAUGGGAGGCUCUGUCGUGCGUUUUAA